AUGUUAUACUUGUUGUUUCACAUAUAUAUUCAUCAUGUAUUCAGCUUGUUAAUAUGCAUUUCACAUUGUUGUGUGAUCUCAGAAAACAAAGGUACCAGAACCAGUGGGGUGAACUUUGACACUUUGGGCUCAUGGAACAAUCGAUUAGCUCUUCCCAUCCUCUACGAACAGAGUAUAAUAACUGGCAAGUUAAUUCCGCGUGUUCCUCUGGAUGAAAUUGGGCUGACCUCUGUCAUUGGCAGACGGAGAGAUAAUGAAGACAGAUGUGUUGUAGAGGAACUUUCAUCAGAGCUCUUGUAUUUUGGAAUCUUUGAUGGCCAUUGUGGGUCACUUGCUGCAGAGUAUGUGUCAGACCAUUUAAUUGACCAUCUGAGUUUUUGGUUGACCAAGACAUCAGACUUGAAAUCUGUGCUGAGAAAUUCCUUCUGUGAUGUGCACAAUCUGUUAGCCAGGCAUCUUCUCUAUUAUCAUAUAGAUGAUGACAAUUUUAAGACAGGUACAACUGCAACAGUCUGUUUGCUACGCAACUCGACAGAGCUUGUUGUUGGCCAUGUGGGCGACAGUAUUGCCAUCUUGUGCCGGGAUGGUCAGCCAUUGAGAUUGUCUGUGGAUCAUGUUCCAGAGGAUUGCGAGGAAUCUGUACGAAUCAUUCAGAAUGGUGGUGAAAUUAUUCACAACAGUCUUGGUGUGGCUCAUGUCAAUGGACGUCUGGCAAUGACUCGCAGUCUGGGAGAUGUUGAACUGAAAUCUUUUGGUGUGUCAGCUUAUCCGUAUCUUAGAACUAUAGAAGUUAAACAUGGCUCCGAUGCUUAUCUAGUGAUGAGUUCUGAUGGUCUGAGUCAUGCUAUCAGUGACCAGGAGAUUGUAAACGUCGUCACCAGUUGUCAGACACCCCAGGAAGCUUGCAGCCGAUUGGCUGAUCAGGCACAGCACUUUGGUUCAGAGGAUAAUGUAACUGUUGUGGUGAUUCCUUUGGGAGCUUGGGGAAAGUACCAGAAAUUAGAUACAAAUUACAGUUUCAACUUUGGUCGAGUUUUAAGUAACUCAAAAUUCUAUUAG